ACGCCGAGGGCAGAACAAUUGUGUUUUGGAUUCCUUGCCGUGCGGAUCGCAAGCGCGAGAGUUAUGAGAAGAGCGUAGCAAAACGUACGAAGUAGUAGCCAACGAAAUACAAAAGAUACAAAAAAGCGAGCAGAGUAAAAAACAGCAGCAGCAGCGACCACAAACGUUAUUUUUUUAACUGUGCCUCUUACGCCCGAUCCAAAUACAUGUUCCAAACGGAUUUGAAAAGUGCUUUUCGAUUCUAUAAUAUAAACUCCAAAAGUAUCUGUGUGUGCGCGCGAGUGCCAGAGUGUGUGUGAGUCGCAGUCGACGUCGCUGCUUUGGGGACAGAGCUGCCAGAUCGCGAGUUAUGAAAGCGCAAGCGUCGCACGCCAGUAGCAACAACAGCUACAACAAAAGCACCUAAAACUCUAGCCACAAGACGCACGCACUCUUCUCUUUGUCGGCUGCCCCAAAAAGAGUCGCAUUCGCACUCGUAUCCCAGAGAUCGCCGCAAAAGGGAGCCCCAUAGAACCCACCCCCACCCCCCAAAAUCACCAUGGAUAGCAGCAGCGAGCAGUUGAACGGCUCGGGAGCCCUGAACUUCAAGCGGCCCAAGGAUUCGGCGGAGAGCGCCACCGGCAACGGCAGCAAUGGCACCUCCUCGGGCAGCCCCAAGAUGGGCAGUCGCCGCAUCUUUACGCCCCACUUCAAGCUGCAGGUGCUGGAGUCGUACAGGAACGACAACGAUUGCAAGGGCAACCAGCGGGCCACGGCCCGGAAAUACAACAUUCACCGCCGGCAAAUUCAGAAGUGGCUGCAAUGCGAGUCCAAUCUGCGCUCCUCGGUGGCCAACAACCAGCAGCAGCAGCAACAGCAGCAGCAACAGCAGCAGCAGCAGCAGCAGCAGCAGCAACUACUCCCGCAGCAAUCGGUCUCGCCCACACCGGCGGUCAAGGUGUUCCACCAGCUGAGCCAUCCGCUGGUGCACCAGUUGCAUCACCAUCAUGCCGCUGCCGCCGCCGCGGCGGUGGGGCAUCAUCAUCCCCUUCAUGGGGCCCAUCACCAUGCCGCCCAUCACCAUCAUGCGGCGGCAGCGGCGGCGGCAGCAGCAGCGGCAGCGGCGGCAGCGGCCCACCACCAUGCCGCCCAUCAUCUGCUGGCCGCCAAUGGCAUGGUGCCACACCCCCUGGCCGCCCAUCCGCACUUGCAUGUCCCGGUGGCAAUGCAUCCCCAGCUGCAGCAGCACCAGAAGGAGCAGCAGCAACAGCAGCAGCAGCAGCAUCAGCAGCAGCACUUGCAACAGCAGGAGCAGCAGCAGCAACAGGAGCAGUUGCAGCUACAGCAGCAGCAGCAGCAGCCAGAGCCAACAGCAACUAUUGCCUCCAAUGGCAGCAGUCAGGGAUCGCCGGGCGUCCUCUCGGCGGCCAAGAUAGCCGCUGUGGUGGCCGCCGCCAUGGCCACCAGCAAUGGCAAUCCCGCGCCAGCCGCCAUCCCCGCCAGCAGCAACAGCAGCAGCAGCAACAACAGCAGCUGCAACAGCAGCAGCAACAGCCACAGCCACAGCAGCAACUGCAACAGCAACCAAGUGCCAAUUCAAGUGCCAAUCCUGAGCGGAUCCCCCGUAUCCUCCGCGUCCGCCUCAGCCAGCCACAUUCCACACAUGCCCUAUGCCUACCACCACCAUCACCACGGCUAUCUGGAGAGCCGUCUGGAGGCGGUGGCCACCCCGGCGCCCAUGGACCUCUCCCUCGGCUCCUCCGCCCGCCGUCAAAUGCAGCUGAGCGAGAAGGAUCCCUCGGGGGUGGAUCUCAGCUUCCGCAAGCGCAAGGUCGUCAGCCAUCCCGUGCAGCCGGACAAGAUGAGCAAGCUGGAGGAGGUGAUCAAGAGGGAGCCCGACGCAGAGCUGGAGCCGGAGAACGAGGAUGUGGAGGUGGAGGUGGACGUGGAGACGGAGCAGCCCGAGGAGCACAAGCUGCCCUCCAAGCAGGUCAAGCUGUUCAAGCCUUAUUUGCUGGACGCAGAUGAGGAGGAGGAGCGCGAGCCGGAGGAUCUGGACGAGGGGGCUGGCGAGGAGGAGGAGGAGGAGCAGCAGCAGCACGACGAUGAUGAGUACCGCGAUGCGGACGACGACGAGGUGGACUCGAAGGAGGCGGGCGACAAGAAGCAGAGGCGCCACAAGAAGAAGCCAGCGGUGAUCAGCGAGCAGCGGGAGCCCAUCAUCUGGAGCAAUCAUCCGUAUCCCGGUGGCUGCCUGUCGCCCGGCAGCUCCACGGCCAGCUUUCAGUGCCCCACGAACGUGCUGCAGCAGCAGCAGCAGCAGCAGCAACAGCAGCAGCAGACAUUUCCCGUCGGCGGGAGUCCUCAUCAGCAGUUUCAGGAUAGCAAAGCCGCCACGCCCCUCAGCCCCUUCUCGGCGCCCGCCCUCUCGCCCACCGGCUUCUGCUGCCCCAAGGGAUCGCCCGUUUCCGGCUACGAGAGCAGCUCCUCCACCUACAGCGACAGCGGCAGCAGCUACAGCCUCAAUCUCCAGCUGCACGCCGUCUACAACGACAAUCUGAUGUACUUGCAGCAGCAACAGCAGCAGCAGCAGCAGCAGCAACACCACCUGCAACACCAGCAGCACCUGCAGCGCUGGCUGGACCAGGAGUCGCUGACGAGGACCGCUGCGUCCGUCGGCCGACCCCUCAUCCUGGUGGCGGAUCCCUCGCCCACGAACCUGACCCUGGUGGCCUAAGAACACACACACAGACACGCGCGCAACACGCAACACGCGACACGCAACACGGAGUAGCAACUAAGCAACUGAGGAAGCAGCAACCCCACCAAUCGGAUGUUACAACGGCAGUCACUGGGCCUGGCCUUUUAGUUCCCUAAGCCAUAUUUAAGCUCGUAAUGGUUUUUUUUGUCUAGCUAGCCCUACCACCUAACGACUUACCUUAAACACACAAAAACAAAUGGUACACCUAAGCGCAAACAUAUAUCUUCCAAGCAUAUCAGCAAAAAAAAGCCCCAAUCCUAGGUUUAAUCCUCUUUUUUUUUGGUUACCUAUUAAGAACAAAUUAAGCUUAAGUUUGGAUAUUUUUCUUUUUUUUUUCGUAAUUACAUAGCAUGUGUAAAUAGUUGUGUACAAAUCUAAGGGAAACAUUUGGAUUUGCUUAAGAAUUUCAAAGGUACAUUUAGAGGGGGAGCGUGUUUGGGGGGGAGGAGAGGAAAAUAUGUGAAAAAUGCAACUGGAAAAACUGAGAAAAUUGUUAAGAGUAAAGCUUUAAAUACGAAACAAAAACACACCUUUACAAUACACACACACACACACUUUUAUUUGGAAAUUGAAAAUUGAAAAUUCUUGUGAUAUGAACAAACAACAAAACAAAAUUCUAAUAAAAUUGUUGAAAACUGAAGCUUAAUGAAUAUAUAUAGCUAUAUAUACUUACAUAUAUAUAUUUACAAACGCAAGAGAGAGCAAGAAAUUAAACGUACUUCUAAGGGUUACAUCUAAAAGUUAAUUCUAAUUAUAUACAAUAUACAUAUAUACAAUAUAUUUAUAUACAAGCAAGAGGAUAACGUUUUUUUUUCAUUGCCAAGGGAACUCGUUGAUGAGCCUGCUUUAGAGAGCGCAUAUACAUAGAGAGAUAUAUACCUAUAUAUACACAUAUAUAAAAAUCAGUAUUUUUAUAUAUAACAUUUGACAGCAGCAACAAUAAUUGUGUGACCAUAAACAACAGCAACAAGAAAUCAGCAACAAAACGAAUUGAUUAAAUUAACAACAGAAAACUAAAAAACUUUAAA